AUGUUGUAAAGAUAAACCAUAAUUUGUUGGAAGUAAAUAGAACAAAAUGAAUGGAAAAGAUCAAAUUAUUAUACAGAGCAUAAUGGCUAUAUUCAGCAGGAGAGGAUUAAAAAUUAUUAUAUGAAAGGGGAUAUUAACUAGAAUGAGUUAACUCAUAUGUAUACUCUUGAAACACAUUCUAAUUCUAUUUGGGCAAUAAGUUUGAAUGAAAUUGAGACAAUCUUAAUUUCCUGUAGAAAUGAAAAAUAAACAAUGGUGUGGGAAAAACAUUAAGGGAUGUUUUAUAUUAAGUAAGUAUUUACUCCUGUUUUGGAUUGUGCAGGUUGCCAUAUUAAAUUCUUGAAUAAAAUAAAUUCAUCUGGGUGACUAGCAGCAAAACAUAAACUGCCUUUUGUAUGAGGAUGUUUAUUAUAGAAUCCAAUUAAAUAAUCCAAGAAAAUACCUUGGAUGUGCCUUAUUCCCAAAAGUAUAUUUGAAAAAGAUAAAUGUUUUGAUAGUAUCUAUAAAAUCAAUAUAUUUGAUGAAGGAAAUUAAUGGUAGAUUCAUUAUAUAAAGUGAAUUUAGAUUGUGGUACUAAGUGGAGCAUUGGUACAAUUACUGAUAAUGGAAAUAAUUUUUUUAUAUAUUUAGUUUUUUGGGACAAUCUUAAGGUAGGAUACACAUCAUAUGAAUUAAUAUGA